AGAGGUGCCUUCAGGGAGGUGAGUCCGGGGUUGGGGCAGCCGCGGCACCGUAGGCUGGCGCAGAAUUGACUGACGGACCCGGCGGCUUUGGCGCAAGCGGGUGAGAGGAGGACCAGGGUGCGAUGUAGGUUUAAAAAAAACCCUUUUUGCUGCAGGAACACAUUCGCUCAUACAGUUUCAGAAUGUCAAGUACUGUGUCCUACUGGAUUUUCAAUUCUGCAAGAAACAGCAUUGCCACGUUACAAGGGGGACAACGUUUAUAUUCAAGGUAUGCCUCAAAUAGGAUUAAAUCAAAAUGGAGGCUCUUUCCCCAGGGGCCAGUCACCCUAAAAAACAAUGCCUCAUGUGGUGGCAUUGCUCUGCAGAAAGCCUAUAGACACACAUCAACAGAGGAAGAUGAUUUCCACUUGCCACUCAGCCCUGAGCAGGUAAAUGAAGUGCUGCGAGCCGGUGAGUCGGCCCACAAGAUUCUUGACCUUGUCAGUGGAGUCCCAAGUUCGGUGUUGCGGUUUGAGAGCAACCAGCUGGCUGCCAAUUUCCCAGUGGAGGACCGGGGAGGUGUAGCCGCCUGCCUGCAGACCAAUGGGCUGAUGUUUGGCGUCUUCGAUGGACAUGGUGGCCACGCAUGUGCUCAAGCAGUGAGCGAGAGGCUCUUCUACUAUGUGGCAGUGUCACUGAUGUCCCAGCAGACGCUGGAGCAGAUGGAGGGGGCGAUGGAAAGCAUGAAGCCCCUGCUGCCCAUUCUGCAGUGGCUCAAGCACCCAGGGGACAGUAUCUACAAGGAUGUCACGUCAGUGCACCUUGAUCACCUCCGUGUCUACUGGCAGGAGCUGCUGAACCUGCACAUGGAAAUGGGGCUGAACAUUGAGGAAGCAUUAAUGUACUCCUUCCAGAGGCUGGAUUCUGACAUCUCGCUAGAGAUCCAGGCCGCCCUGGAAGAUGAGAUGACCAGGAACCUUUCACUCCAGGUUGCUUUCUCAGGGGCAACAGCUUGCAUGGCCCAUGUCGAUGGAGUUCACUUGCAUGUGGCAAACGCUGGUGACUGCCGGGCCAUCCUUGGUGUCCAGGAGGACAAUGGCAUGUGGUCUUGUCUGCCCCUCACCCGGGACCACAAUGCCUGGAACCCAACCGAGCUGUCACGGCUAAAGAGGGAGCAUCCUGAGUCAGAGCACAGGACAGUCAUCAUGGACAACAGGCUGCUGGGUGUCCUCAUGCCCUGCAGGGCCUUCGGGGACGUCCAGCUGAAGUGGAGUAAAGAGCUGCAGCGCAGUGUCCUGGAGCGGGGCUUUGACACCGAGGCCCUCAACAUUUACCAGUUCACCCCCCCACACUACUACACUCCACCUUACCUGACGGCCAGGCCUGAGGUCACAUACCACAGGCUGAGGCCCCAGGAUAAGUUCCUUGUGCUGGCCUCUGACGGCCUGUGGGAUGUGCUGGGCAAUGAGGAUGUGGUGAGGCUGGUGGUGGAGCAUCUGGCUGAAGUGUGUCGGCACAAGCCAGACCUGGCCCAGAGACCCGCCAACCUGGGACUCAUGCAGAGCCUGCUGCUGCACAGGAAGGCCCAGGGGCUCCACGCCACCGACCAAAACGCAGCCACACGUCUGAUCAGAUACGCCAUAGGGAACAACGAGUAUGGGGAGAUGGAGCCCGAGCGGCUGUCGGCGAUGCUGACGUUGCCGGAGGACUUGGCAAGGAUGUACAGGGAUGAUAUCUCUGUCACUGUGGUGUAUUUUAACUCAGACUCGAUUGGUGCAUCUUACAAGGGGAGUUAAGAGUCUCCCAUCCUGUUGCCAAGGUUAACUUAAAUGCUCUUCUAAGACAUUUUCACUUACUCUUAAACUGACUAUUUAGACCUUGUUGUUAAAGGGCAGACAGAUGUAGCUUGCUUAAUAAUAGACUAACGUGAGAGAAAAAACAGCCUAGGAUUAAAAACAAUAGUAGUGAUUUUAUGUCCCUGCAUGUUUUGGUCACCUCUUCUACGCAGAAAGGGUGGAACACAGAGACCGUAGACUUGGCUGGGGCUCGUGUAACCCAAGUCCUUCUAUAAAGACACUGUUGUUAAACUGUGUCAGCCUGAACCUGCGAAGGGUAAAAUUAAUCAUGAUUCUAAGAAUAUGAAGAAGUUCAGGAUCUUCUGAGGUCUUGAUAAAAAAUCUGCAAAAUUGGUAAUUCUCAAUUCGUAAUCAUGGCCUUCUAGACUAUGAAGGGAGGUUUUGUUUGUUUUUUAUUUUGAAGUUCCUAAAGACCUAGGUUUACAAAGCAUAUUACAGGACACUUUUCUAUGCAAUAGUCUAACUUUUUUGUGUGUGUGAUUUUACUUGUGAAAACAUUUUGUAAUGCUGCAUUCUAGUUCCGAUUUAGUUUAUUUUAAAAUUGAGUCCUCAAACUUGCAAACAGGCCUGCCCUAAGUGAGCAUGCUUGGAAUGAGUUUUCUUGGUUUUCAGCUGAGGGUGAAGGUGGCCAGGCCUCUGGACCAGCUGAAUUUAUUUGUGCAGCUUUCGGGCCUUUCUACUGAGUCCCACCCCCUGAACCUUUGAGCCAUGCUAGGAGGUUACUUCUGUCUGAGCCUUAACUCCUUUCCUGCAUUAAUAAAAUUUCCUCCAGGGUUUAGUAAAUCUCUGCAGAUUUACUCAUAGCACUUUUCCUUUCUAUUAUACCUCUCAAACAUUCUUCUAAUUCCACCUAAUGUUCCUUCCCCCUCUGCUAUGCUGAACUCCCUCACCCUGCUGCUGACUGUGCAAUCCUGUCUAGAAGGAAUGCUCCCACUUCACAUGGUUGCAGGGAAGGAGAAAAUUCAAGAUUGCAUGCGGUAAUUGUGACAGACAGUUUAGGCAGGACUGCUUAUACAGUGGAUUCUAGACUUAAAAUUCAGCCUGAAUCUGAAGAGGUAAAAACAUGAAGGACCUGAGAACAGUCACUAAGUCUCCCUAGCUGCAUCCCGAGGGGCAGUGGGGAAGAGGGAGGAGUGAGAUUUUUCAGAUGGGACACUUGCCCAUAGACCGUGGGAUAAAUGGCCAUUGCUACUCCUCAGGAACUAGGCCUUAUUUAGUAUAGGAGUUGGGGCAAAAACAUAUGUAAUCUGUACUGGCUUCUGUGGGCUGCACAGUUUGUGUUUAUUUGAAAAUUAAACCAUGUGGAUCCUUUCUGGGGGGAUGAAUUUCAUGUUCUGAAUUGCUGUAGCAUUUAAACAACAGGAAAUGUGUCCCUAAAUGGAAACACAAAUAUAAUCCCACAAAACUGACACUUUUUAUGUUCCUGCACUAUCUUCAUUGAUCACUUUUCUCACCCCCUUUCGUACUGAAAGGAAAGCAAAUAGCUAGGUUUGACUUCCACAUUUUUGUUCACAUUCAGGACAUUCAAGUGUUGAGAAACUUCUAGCCUGCGGAUAUUUCCCUGUAUGCUUACUGAUAUGGCUUCAUCUAAGAAAUUCUCCUUUGAGUGCUUAAGCCUUGGUCCUUUUAUUCUGAAACUAUUAAUAUUCCUUCUGAUCUCCUAGAUCUUAACUCAGAAAUAAAAUGUGAAUCCCUGUCAUUCAGCUUGCAUGACGGUUUGUUACUAGAGCCGAAGACUGCUUGUCUGACAUCCUUGUUCUUUAUGCCAGCUAAACCCUGGUGCACUCUCUCAUUUACCUGGAUUACAGUGUCUGAAUCCUGUUUUGGAGCCUACCUUGGGUCAUAAAUAUAUCUGAUUAAGUAACCUGUGGGACAGCUGAGAGAAUACAGACUUCCCACCUGUUCCUUCAAGGGUAUCUGUGUUUUUUCUCAGCCUAAUAGAUUUCCUGCUUUCUAAUUGGUAUACUGAGAGAGAGGAAAGGCUGGUUUCUUGUCUGCCUUUUUCCAUUGUGGACUCUGUCUGCUCUUGCCAUGAAUGCUCCAAGGAGCACCUCCUGGUUAAACCCCAGCAUGUCUGAUUCCCUGACCACAGUUCUGCUGUCACUGACCUUCCUGAGGCACAUGGGCUACCACUUGAGGACACUGGGAUUUGAGAGGGGGUUGGUGGCACUUGUCAGGUCUUCCGAAACACUUAUCAUUCCUUUUAUGUAAAGAUUCUGAUAUUGAGACUUCUGAAAUGAACUAAAAAAAUGAGAUUGAAUCUUUAAUGUUUAGGAUGUCACUUUUGAAUAAAGUAUGCUUUGGUGCUUUAAACAGCAUAUUUACUGUUUUAGGUAAGAAAUGGUAAUAUUGGCAUAUUUUAGAUAUUGUUUUAUAUGUAAAUAAUACAGUUCUGCUGAUUCUGGAGAUUGGUCAAAAUGGAUAGAGAAGUUCUAAAUUCAAGUUAGUAUGCUAGGUCAAGUUACUUAUUCAGUUUUCUGAGAUGUUAUUUGUAACAUUAAAGCUAAUUUAUUAUAACGAAAGUGUAAACUUUGAGGUAUGUUAAUAUAUAAACAUAUUUUUCCCAGAAGUACGAUUGGCCUAAAAGAUCGAGUGGGUUAAGACUUAGGUUAGACACAACUGAGCUGACACCUUUUAUAUGAGGGAAAUAGAAACAGCUCAAACUUGAAUUAAAGAAUAGAAUAGUUAAUUGUAUAGAACACGACAAUGUAUUCAGAAUGAGUCUAGCUUGACUCUUUCAUCCAUCAGCCCCUAGUGACCUAUUUUUCGUUUGACAAUUUUGGGGAAACCUUAACUUCCCAGGUUAAAUCAGGAUAUCCUGGAACUGAGCUAUCCUAGUUUCAUUGUUAGUGGUUCAUUUGUCUCUGAACAUGACUCCCAUAGCAGAGAACGCCCUGGUGUGGCUUUGAGGCUGGGGAAUAAAGGCUGGUGGCACCGCUUUUUCCUGUGAGUUGCCACGUGUGUUAACAAGUGGAAAACACACAGGGACUGCAGUGCGACCGUCUCCUGAGCAGGCUGAGGCUCUGUUGCCGAUGCCUUGGGCACCUGACGUUUAGUUUAACUGGCCUCCUGGAAAAUAUUUAUCAAACAUUUACUUGGAAAAAUUAUUAACCAUGUUCUUUAAUAUUUACUGACAUUUGUAUUGUAAACUGUAUACCAAUGUUUUUUUGACAUUGAUUUUCUAACCAUGAGAGAUAUUUAAAUGAAACUUGUAAAU